UAUUUUCCACUCAGUUUCUCGCGGUUUAAAAUGGCGGCGUUGAGCAGCGCCGAGUCCCCACCGGCCGUCUUCAACGGAGACACCAUGAGCCGCAAUCCGGAGAGGGACCCGGGACUGGACGAGCUGGGUUCGGGGCUCGAAGCCGCCUGUCCCGCAGGAGCAGCGAUGCCCGAAUGUCAACAAGACAUUCCCGAGGAGAUAUGGAACAUCAAACAGAUGAUUAAGCUAACACAAGAGCACAUUGAAGCCCUUUUAGAUAAGUUUGGAGGAGAACACAAUCCGCCAUCUAUAUACCUGGAGGCAUAUGAGGAGUACACAAGUAAGCUGGAUGCAUUACAACAGCGGGAACAGCAACUUUUGGAGUCCAUUGGGAAUGGGACAGAGUUCUGCUCCUCUCCAACCCCAACACUGCUGGAUGUGAAGGGGCAUAGUGCCCCCUCUGCCCCAAACACCUUGGCUGUCCUACAAACCCCAACUGACGCAAGCCGAAGCAAUCCCCGCUCACCUCAGAAACCCAUUGUAAGGGUAUUCCUGCCCAACAAACAAAGGACGGUGGUCCCAGCUCGUUGUGGGAUGACUGUGAGAGACUCGUUAAAGAAGGCUCUCAUGAUGCGAGGGUUGAUCCCAGAAUGCUGUGCGGUCUACAGGAUUCAGGAUGGGGAGAAGAAGCCCAUUGGCUGGGACACAGACAUUUCCUGGUUGACGGGGGAGGAGCUUCAUGUUGAGGUUUUAGAGAAUGUGCCACUGACGACCCACAAUUUUGUGCGAAAGACCUUCUUCACGCUGGCCUUCUGUGAUUUCUGCCGGAAGCUGCUAUUUCAGGGCUUUCGCUGUCAGACAUGUGGCUACAAGUUCCACCAGCGCUGCAGCACAGAGGUCCCGCUCAUGUGUGUCAACUACGAUCAGCUGGAUUUACUGUUGGCAUCAAAAUUUCUGGUGCACCACCCCAUUACCCAGGAGGAGGUGUCAUCAGAGGGCACAACCCCUGUGUCAGAGAUGUGCCCCUCCCUCCCUCCAUUUGAGUCCACUGGGUGUCUGUGCCAUCCUACUGUGUCCCCAUCCAAAUCCAUCCCUAUCCCACAGCCCUUCAGACCCGGAGAGGAGGACCAUCGCAACCAGUUUGGCCAGAGGGAUCGCUCUUCCUCCGCCCCUAACGUCCAUCUCAACACCAUCGAACCGGUCAACAUUGACGAUUUGAUUCGUGAUCAAGGCUUACCGAGGUCAGAUGGAGCCCCCUCGCAACAACCAGCCCGGUGCUUGAGGAAGAACCGAACACGGACCUCAAGCCCCCUUCUGUCCUCCCACCCCAAUGACAUUGUCUUUGAUUUUGAGCCUGAGCCAGUGUUCAGAGGCUCCACAGCAGGCCUGUCAGCCACACCUCCUGCCUCUCUUCCCGGUUCCCUGACCAAUGUGAAGUUGUCAAAAUCACCGUGCCAACCUAGGGAGCGGAAGCCAUCGUCUUCAUCUGAGGACCGCAAUAAAAUGAAAACUUUGGGUCGACGGGACUCGAGCGAUGAUUGGGAGAUCCCAGAAGGUCAGAUCACCCUGGGUCAGCGGAUAGGGUCUGGUUCCUUUGGAACAGUCUACAAGGGAAAGUGGCAUGGUGAUGUGGCUGUAAAGAUGUUGAAUGUCACAGCUCCCACUCCACAACAACUACAGGCCUUUAAGAAUGAAGUGGGUGUCCUCAGGAAAACCCGCCAUGUGAAUAUACUGCUCUUUAUGGGCUACACCACUAAACCCCAGCUGGCUAUUGUUACACAGUGGUGUGAAGGCUCGAGUCUCUACCACCACCUGCACAUCAUCGAGACCAAGUUUGAGAUGAUCAAGCUGAUUGACAUCGCCCGCCAAACGGCUCAGGGCAUGGACUAUCUGCAUGCCAAGUCCAUCAUCCAUAGAGAUCUGAAGAGCAACAAUAUCUUUUUGCAUGAGGACCUGACGGUAAAGAUUGGUGAUUUUGGUCUGGCUACAGUGAAGUCCCGCUGGAGUGGCUCACAUCAAUUUGAGCAGCUUUCAGGCUCGAUCUUAUGGAUGGCCCCGGAGGUGAUCAGACUGCAGGAUAAAAACCCAUAUAGUUUCCAGUCAGAUGUUUACGCAUUUGGCAUAGUGCUGUAUGAGCUUAUGUCAGGGGCUCUGCCUUACUCAAACAUUAACAACAGAGACCAGAUUAUCUUCAUGGUUGGCCGGGGUUACCUGUCCCCUGACCUGAGCAAAGUACGCAGUAAUUGCCCCAAGGCCAUGAAAAGACUUAUGGCAGAUUGUCUGAAAAAGAAGAGAGAGGAAAGACCUCUUUUCCCUCAGAUCCUGGCCUCCAUCGAAUUAUUGGCACGCUCUCUGCCCAAGAUCCACCGCAGCGCCUCUGAGCCGUCCCUGAACCGCGCUGGCUUCCAGACGGAGGACUUCAGCCUAUACGCCUGUGCUUCCCCCAAGACGCCCAUUCAAGCUGGUGGCUAUGGUGAAUUUUCAGCAUUCAAAUAGUGCUGCAAAUCCUCAUACUCCAUCCCUUGUCACUUUUUAAGACGUCUUGUGUUCCUACAGUGGGCUCAUCCAUAAACACAGAAAAGGAAUCAUUUUAAAGAAUGUGCUGUUUUUCUUCCUCUUUAUCCGAAGAGCUACGGCCUCGAUGGAAUUGCUUUAAAAUAAAAAGAUCUCUGCAGGGUGUCGUUGCUGAUUCCACAAAAAUGUCAUAAACAGAAAAUAGGACUCGAUAAAGCAGCAUAAAUUAAAAUGACUGAUAUGAGAAACAAAAUCCUGGCCACUGGAAGCAAAGAGGCAAACAAACCAAACUAAUAGUUUGUGGUGGGAAAAAUAUAUUUAGCUGAGUUUGGGUUUUGCUGUCUUUGAAGAAGAAACUCUGUGAUUUUGGGAGCAUAAGCCUCGCCUUGUCUCCGCCCCUGGAAGGAAAAAACGCACAGGAUUGGCCAGCCAGACAACCGGGACCAUGUUUGGACCAAUGCAAAUGUUGGAGUAAAUGCACAUUGGUCGGCAUAACGGGAGGACGUCAGGUCGCAGCCAAUCGUGGAGAAGUGCUGGAAGUCAUGCGAUAACUUGAAUGAUGUUUAGAAAUGUUUCUUUCUCUUGCAAUGAAUGUGUUACCUGUGAUGUUGCCUAUGGCUGGAGUUGCUAAUAAUACACAUUUAUUUGCCUUUGGCUUUUUGUUUUUCACCUGGGUCUUAAGUUUGUAGAUAGACAGAACCAGGAUGGGGUUUUUUCUGCAGAUAUAGUUUGUGAGCAUGGGUAAAUGAAGCAACCAUAGAAAAGUCACUGACCUCUUGACCAGCUAUUCUUUAACAAAACAUUAGGAGAUAUUCAAAAUUCCUGUAGAGUUUCUGUAGAUUCUGUGCUUUUUCUGAAAAGGCAGUCUUCUAGAGCUUUAACCAUCAAGCUCUGGGGUGGAUACAAAUACUUUAAAGUCAUUUCUGGGCUUGUAAAGCUUAAUUUUGAUUUCCUGUUUGACUAUUCACUGCCGUAUGGUAGCUUAAGUUAUAUUUCUGAAUAAGGCGUUCUCCAUUACUGCUGUCAAAGGUAAUAUUAUUUGACUCUAAAGUUGCUUGUAAAAAAAAAAAAAACAGUGUAUAAAGCAAACAUGACGCCUUGUAAUGAAAUUCAGAUGUGGGCAAAGUCAUUCUGUACAUGUCUUUCACUGCAAGUUUCAAGUUUAUGCUUUACUGUUGUCAUGAGAAGCCAUUCCUUUGAGGCCGCAAUGGUUAAAUGAUGUUGCUGUUGUGUUUGUUUUUUCAUCCGCAUGUCAUUUGACAACCCAUUGGACCUUGCGUCGCUGGCGUUCAUUCCGAUACAUUCGUUCACGGGUCAUUUGUUUUUUUUUUUUGUUUUUUUUUUUUGCUUAUUUUAUAUAUUUUUUUACAUUGUGUUGUGUUAUAGACAGACAGGCAGGCCUGCUAAGUUACAUUAAUUUAUAUUACUUUAAUUUUAUGACUUUUAUUUUGGUGUUUCAAAACCUAUGGAGAGGUGUGUGUGUGUAUAUACAUAUAUAUUUUCUCUCACUCAUUAUGUGAUCGCUGAAAUGGACUUUUCAAGCAGUGUGUCUGUGCACUUUGUAAAAAUGACUGAUGCAGAUAAGCAAAUAGCCUUUUUAAAGACUAAUAUAUUUUGUCAUAUUAAGAGGUUAAAGCAUGGUUUAAAGGAUUCCAAAAUGAAAAGCUCAAUUACAAGGCAGGUAGGGCCAUGGGACACUAAAAACCAAAGCCUAAUCCAACACCCUAACGACAUUUGCGUCCACCUUCACCAUUGCCGGACAACGGUUAUCUGGAUCGUCAACCAAGCUGUUUUGCCUUAUGAUUUCAACAGACAUCCCAAGCGCCCGUCCAGCUCACAAAGUAUGAUGAAACGCCAGCUCUUCGUUUAUACAUGAACAAAGUGGUCCAAAGAUUUGGGCUGUGGUGACUCUAGCACUGUGUAGCCUUGAAGUUCACCUGGACACUGUGGAUGUUGGACCUGUCCUCAUUUAGAUGAAGUCAGUGAUUUUUUGUUGUUGUUGUUGUUAUUUUGGCCUCUUUGUACUGAAACCUGCUCUUGCGUCAGUGGCUCCGCUGUCACGGCCUCUUUUUUUUCCUGUACGAUACUACGCAUUCUUUGUUUCUUGCUUUUCACUAAAACUGCAAAUCCACGAAAUGCUCGAUAUUGCACAGAUAACCUAGGAUCUGCACUUGAUUUUCUUUUCAUGCUCUGUUACAAAAACAAAUACACACACACACACACACCAAUCUUCUUGCUUUUUCAGAAGGAUUCAAUAAUUUAUUUAGUUUCUUUUCCAAUAAUUUUUAUAUGGAAUAUCAAGGGUGAUGCUCUGUGAAUUGGCUAUUUGUUUAACAUGCCACUUAUACUUGAGGAAAUGUAAGUUUCUACUUCACGACCCCGUUGGUUGUGGCAGUGGUCACGGCCCAAACAUGUAUAGAUGUUUAAAUGGACUUGGAAGUGCUCUGUGUGUUGUGGGCUAAACACUUCUUAAAUUAAGCUGGCAAACCUAACGUGGGUUGCGUAUAGGAAUGGUAGAUGUGUAUUUUAAGAAUGCUGUAUUUAUUUUCUAUGGGAAUGUUACUGAAGACAGGUUUGUCUUUCGAUGGAUUGCACCUUCUUGUCUCUGGAAUUUGUAGGGACCUACUUUGAGAUUUUUUUAUAAAUUAGCUUCAUCCAAACCCCUUUUUAUUUUUUUGCUUUUUAAGCCUUUAACCGGCCCCCCAACAGAAAAUGAAACCUCCAUAGCAUAUUCCUUUCUGUUGCCUUGUCUGCACUUUAAACCCCAGUGCAAGUUCAGUCAAGUGAGAAUUAUCAUACAGAUGUUUUGGGAGACUCUUUUCACCUGUAAAUAGCUGUACAAAGGAAGUAAUGUCUGUUUGCUAGGAGGCAUGGAGCUAAAAACAAUGAAAUGACUUCAAAUGUUUCAUCUUAAGAAGUAAAGGUUAAGAAAAGACAUUUUGAUAGAUGAAGUUCUGAGAAAAUAUUUCUGUGUAAAAAUAUUUAAGACUGUAUUAUAUAAAAGGAAAAAAGAGCUUAAUGUAUUUGUUGUGAAUAUGAAAAACUGAUAUAUUAAAGAAG